AUGAUGUCAACACCGCCAGCUUGUGCUCAAACCGGCCGUCACUAUACGGAUCGGACUCCGGAUCCACCAGAACCGGGUCUUUGUUGCGGAACUGGAUGUCAACAUUGUGUUUGGCUUGAAUAUGCGGAUCGUCUGUUCGAGUAUCACCUGUCUGAUAUCGUGGAACGAUCUGUUCGAUCAUUUCUCUUGAUGGAGCUGGCCCAAAGGUACGAAGAAGCUCAACGUCUCGUUAAGGAAGUGGAGUAG